GAACACUGUUGCUCUUAGCGGAUGGAGCCAGAGGAGUUACAAGCUAAACCUUGAUUGCCGGGAUCUGUGAGGAUUCAGCAUGGGAUGUCUCUACUGUUUCCUGGGAUUUCUGCUGCUGGCUGCAAGACUGCCACUUGACGCUGCCAAACGCGUUCAUGAUGUGCUGAGCAAUGAAAGACCUUCUGGUUAUAUGCGGGAGCACAGGCAAUUAAAUGGCUGGUCAUCAGAUGAAAACGACUGGAAUGAAAAACUCUAUCCAGUGUGGAAGAGGGGAGACUCGAGGUGGAAAAACUCUUGGAAAGGAGGCCGUGUGCAGGCACUUCUGACCAGUGAUGCACCAGCACUGGUGGGCUCAACUAUAACAUUCGCAGUGAACCUGGUAUUCCCCAGAUGCCAACAGGAAGGUGCCAGUGGCAACAUAGUCUAUGAGAAGAACUUCAGAAAUGAUACUGGUCCAUCUCCUGACCCACAUGUUUACAACUGGACAGCAUGGACAGAGGACGGUGACUGGGGAAAUGGCACCAGACAAGGCCAUCACGGGAAGCCUUUCCCUCACCCCCGAAAAUGGAAUUUCGUCUUUGUGUUCCACACACUUGGUCAGUAUUUCCAGAAACUGGGACAGUGUUCAGUGAGAGUUUCUAUAAACACAGCCAAUGUGGCUCUUGGCCCUCAAAUCAUGGAAGUAACUGUCUAUAGAAGAUACCGACGGGCGUACGUUCCCAUAGCAAAAGUGAAAGAUGUGUAUGUGGUAACAGAUCAGAUUCCUGUAUUUGUGACUAUGUCCCAGAAGAACAAUCGAAAUUCAUCUGAUGAAACCUUCCUCAAGGACCUCCCCAUUACGUUCGAUGUCCUGAUUCAUGAUCCCAGCCACUUCCUCAAUGAGUCUGCCAUUUACUACAAGUGGAACUUUGGGGAUAAUACUGGUCUGUUUGUUUCCAACAAUCACACUUUGAACCACACCUAUGUUCUCAAUGGAACCUUCAGUCUCAACCUCACUGUGCAAGCUACAGUGCCUGGACCUUGUCCUUCACCUUCACCCAGACCUCCAAAAACCACCACUUCUUUGGACUCUCCAGUACCUGCUGGUGACAAUGCCCUGGAGCCGAGCGAGAUUCCUGAUAAAAACUGCCAUAUUAACAGAUACGGCUACUUUAAAGCCACCAUCACAAUUGUAGAGGGAAUCCUAGAGGUUAACAUCAUCCAGGUGACAGACAUCCUGAUGCCCGUGCCACAGCCUGACAACCCCCUGGUGGAUUUCGUCGUGAACUGCCAAGGGAGCAUUCCCACAGAGGUCUGUACCGUCAUCUCUGACCCCACCUGCCAGGUCACUCAGAACACAGUCUGCGACCCUGUGAACAUGGACCUGGGCGAUAUGUGCUUGCUGACAGUGAGAAGAGCCUUUGGUGGGUCUGGGACAUACUGUAUGAACCUGACUCUGGGUGAUGAUGCAAGCCUGGCCCUCACGAGCACCCUCGUCUCUAUCCCUGGAAGAGACCCAGACUCCCUUUUAAGAAUGGCAAAUGGUACCCUGGUCUUCUUCGUUGGCUGCAUGGCCAUAUUUGUCACUGUGAUCGCCCUUUUGGUGUACAAAAAACACAAGGAAUACAAACCAAUAGAAAACAGCACUGGGAUCGUGGUCAGAGGCAAAGGCCUGAAUGUUUUCCCCAAUUGUGCAAAGAUGCUCUUCCCUGGAAACCAGGAAGAAGAUCCACUGCUCAAGAAUGAACCGGGAAUUCUUUAAAUCUUCUGCCUUACUUCUGACCAACAGCUCACUCUUCAGCGCCAUUUAUGUCAGCUAUGCUAGAGUGGAUGACGAUUAACUUUUUAAAAAUAUUAUCGUAAAAUAUAUAUUGUGGUUUAGGGAGGUCCAAUUUUUAUUAUAGGUUAAAUGACAUUUUAGAGAGGUGGAGGGGAAUUAAACUACGCACAGCCUCACCCAUGUUAUAUUAACUGAUAAAACCAGUUAGCAGCAUUUUCUUUAGUGAUGGUUUGUUUCACUUAUAAUGUCUUAGGUGAUUAGUAGGAUAGAUACACUGUAUCCAGAGUAGCAGAAGAAGGUACUUUCGUUAGAGUCUGACCUAGGUUAACUGGAAGGAGAGGCUGGACGUGUUCUAGCUUUCCAUAUGACCAUAUGCAUAAAACCAGUGUAUUCCUGUUCUGAAGGUCAUGUUCCAAGCCACCUGAAUCCUAUGUCAAUGAACAUGCAUGAGCUCCCAACAGAGCACUAACAGGUAAGCCUUUAGUAGGCUCCGCAUGCUUGUUAUACUAAAAAAUAAUACUAAUCUAAUAAAUGAUUGUGAAUAUGUUUGUGACCACCUGCCGAGCCCAAAUGUGUAAAGGAACGGUACUCAUUCAUUCAUUUUUCCCAUGGACAUUUAUGUAGCACUUUCUGUAUACCAGGCAUGUUGCUAAGUACAUGGCCCUGUACUCAGAGUGUUGACAUUCUUGUGGAUAUAUCUGAAUUUCUGUGCACUCUGGCGCCACAGUUGAAAAUUAUAGUUGAAAUUAUAUAUUAUGAUUUUCCAAAAAAGGAGGCCCCUGGUUUUCCUACUGGUUUCUCUAUUCAAAUGAUACAGAAACUUAAUCACCAAAGAUGUUACUUUCAUUUGUAACUGAAGCUACUCUGUGUCAGUCAUGACAUUUUUCUUCUCCUUCCUGGAAAAUAAAGUAUGAAAAUUA